GCGCCAAUAGCGUUAAGACCGCAACACUUUUCUUUGACUAGGAUUUCAUUCUCUCUAAGGUUCUACAAUGCACAUAUCCAAUGAAGAUAACUGAAAUGCUUAUUAGAACAGUGAAAAUAAUAAUAACAGUAGUCCAGUUGUAUUACGCUUCAUCUGUUUCAAUGAGUUUUUGCCAGUAGAUUUGAAAAUCUUUAACAACUUAUUGUUUUGUCAAUUGAUAAAAUGGCUUCUUUUCAAAAAGCACUUGAAAAUCUUAAUGAAGGUACAAUAUGCAUUAGUGUAUGUGUUAGUGUGUGGCUGUUAUUAAUUGCGGCUAGAAUGGAUAAUGUCUUAAUAAUUCCUUAUUGGACAAUAUUUCUACCACUUUGGUUGUGGAAAACGAUUGUUUUUGUCGGCUGGUUAGUUGGCUUAAUAGUAUGGUGUAAACAUUGGAGAAUUCAUGUUGAUGAUUCAGAGCGUAGUACAUUUCUUGUUCGUGAUGACCCUGCUCUACCUUACAUUCAAGCAAUGUCUGUAUCAGCAUUUUUUCACUUUCUUAUCACGUGUUCUGAAGUGUUAUUAUGCAUUCAUUUAUCAAUUGAAUCAUCUAAUCUUACUUAUCUAACUAUUUUAUCACCAUUACUAGUUGUUGGUGCUUUGGGUGUGUUCGGAUUUCUUUUUGUUAUGAUCGAUUCAAGAGCAACAUUUACAGCAAAUGCACGACGUCGAAGGCAACAUCAUUCACGAUCCUUAAAUAACAAUACCGGUAAUACUACCACUACUAGUACCAACACUAUCAACAAUAAUAGUAUUAACAAUAAUACUACUACCAACAAUAACUCAGAUUCUUUUGUUUUCAUACCACGUUCACGUCAUGUAUGCUCGUUUACCUUAGAAUUAUGUAUCGCUGCUAAUCUAUUACAAUUAUUAUUUUUAAUUGCUAGACUUGACAAUUGGAUACGUUCAAAUUGGAUUGUCACCUUUAUCCCAUCAUUCAUAUUAUUAGCAAUGGGAUUUUUAUUUUGUUUUGCUGGUUUAACUAUUGCACUAAUCACAUACUUUACAGCCUUCUUUAUUCCUGUAGCCCAACGUAGAUUAUCUGUUUGUUAUUAUGCUUCACACUUACUAAUAGUUAUUUUCUUAUGCACUUCAUUAAUCCUUUUAGGGUUGAGAUUAGAUGGUUAUCUUUCUGCUUCAAAAAGUAGUGCAUUAUUAAUUUGUAUACCUGUAUUGUUUAGUAUGUUCUUAUAUGCUUCGUUAUCAUCUGGUCCUGGUAAUCCAUGGUGGUUCGGUUUGAACCGUAAUGUACUUCUGGCGAUAUUUGAGUCUUGUCCAACUUUACAACUGUGUGCCAAUAAUCAUAUUAGUAAAACUAGUCUGUGGAGAGUAUCUCGUUACCAUGGCGAUAAUGGUGAUAUGAAUAACACAUUGACGGUAGAUUCUUAUAAUGGGAAUCCUGUCGGAGUUGAAUUUGUUAGACCUACUAUAACUAUCACCAAUUCACCUGUUACUGUUGCAUGUGGACUAAUUAAUUCACAUAACUUAAAACCUUGUACAAAUUGUGCAGUUGGUUGUUGUAAUUGUUCAUCAUCAGCAUCACCAUCAUCAUCAACAACCAGUAAGAAAAAUAUCCACUGGUCAAAUGUCAAUAUUUCGUCAGAAAUCUCUCAUUUUUACAACUCUUUUCAUUAUGCAGAUCAUUUACUUUAUCCAGAUUAAAACUGGUUCUACGCAGUUAUUAUGAUCAUUGUCAUCAUCAUUAUCAACAUACAUUACAUCCCUCAUUUGUAACUAGUAAUCACAUAGCUGUAUUUCACGCACACUUGUUCAUAUAUAUAUAUAUAUAUCACUUUUCUGUUCCCGAAUUUUUCCAUUUACUUGUAGAAUUUCCAUCUUAUCAUUAUCGUAGUCACUGAAACAUACUUAUUCAGGAUAAUAUCAAAGCAUUUUCGUUUUUUUUUUAGAAAUUAAUUGUUACUUCCUUUCGUUCAUAUCUAUUUGUUGAUUUGUAAACUGGUUUCCUUCAUCGAACACUAAUUUAUUGUAGCUGCUUCUCUUCCUUUUUUGUUUUCUGUUUUCAUCCAUAUCUUUUAAUUUGUUUUAAAGCUCAGUUGAAGUACUCACAAAAGGAUAUACAUAGUUUUGCGUAUAUUUUGCGUAGUUGUAUCAUUCUCUGUGUUUAGGUGUGAAUACAUAUAUACUAAUCUAAAUGUAUGUUACAAUAGUCGUAUUUUACAGCCUAUUUUGUGAUAUUUCGUUAUUCGAAUUAUUAUUAUUAUUAUCACUAUAAAUAACACCAUCUAAACUUUUUACCAAGUGAAAAUGUUAAUCACAAAAUUCGAAUGGUCUAUUUAUUCUUAUUAUUAAUUUAUUCAUUGAGAAACGUUUAAUAGUACAAACAAGUGGUUCUAUUAUCAUUGAUAAAUUAGUUAUGAGAUGGUUAUAUUUAGUAUUAAUGGUGGGGAUUGUUUUAAUACCUGCAUGUUGUAUUGUAUUGCGUUGAUGGGAUAUAAAGGGUUUGAAUCUUUUAAGAUGUUUUCAAGUAUUCAUCAUUGAACUCUCACGUAAAUUUACUUUCUGUAAAAUAUAAAUUAUUGAUAAAACAAGGAAGAGAAUUCAUUAAUUAUAAAUGACG